AUGGGAGGCCAGACCACACCACGCCCGAAUAUCACACCUAAACAACUGGCUACUUACCACCGCUCCCUCCCUAAAAUGCUCUCAUUCAUCGUCGACGCACCGCACCUGAUUCUACACAUCCACCUUGGCGACGGGGGCUUCCGAGUAACAGACUCAUCCGACUCCAUCGGGUUCUACCAGGAGCAGUGGGACAAGGACCUGAUCAACAGCCCGCAGCUCACGGUGCACUCCAUCUGCGAGAACGACAGCGACGGCGAUGGCGACGGCGCAACAGCAGUAGCACCACCAGCGGCGGCGGCCGGGGCAGCGGCGGCGGGGGACAAGGCCAAGGAGCCGCCAGCGGCGGUGGUGCUCGUGCCUCUCGCCCGCGUAUCGUGGUCGCUGCCGCUCAGCUCCGUCAUCACGACGUACAACCUACGCUCCAAGAUGCGCCUGCACAUGUUCCGCGAGGUGCCCUUCUCCAUAUGCCACACCGUCCAGGGCCCGCUGGCGACGUGGCACUGGAAGCGGCUCGAGGCGUCGUGCGCGCCGCACCUGCGGCUCGUGGACGCGUGCGGCGGGAAGAUGAUGGCGGCGCUGGUGUACCGCAGGCCGUGUGACCGUCGGUACAGGGCCGGCCACCUGGCGACAUUGAAGAUCGCCGCGUCCACGCCGCCGGACGUGAUCGAUGACAUUGUCGUCACGGCGCUGGCCAAGCUCACGUACCAGCGCAUUCAUUGGUACUAUUGCAUCAACAAGACGAAGCCGAGAAUCGCGGACAUUGCCGGGGCUGCGGCAGGUUGA